CCCGGCAGCAUCUCAAACAUGUUGAAAAAGAUGUUUUGAUCCCCAAAAUAAUGAGAGAAGAGGCCCAAGAGAGAUGUUCUGAACAAGUUCAAGAUGUUACCAAAUGUUGCCAGGAGUCUGAAAUCCUUAUGAUAGUAAAAUGCCGGAAAGAAAAUUCUGCAUUAAAAGAAUGUCUAACCACUUAUUAUAAUGAUCCUGCCUUUUAUGAAGAAUGCAAAAUGGAAUACCUGAAGGAAAGAGAAGAAUUCAGAAAAACUGGAAUUCCUACCAAGAAAAGGCUACAGAAGCUUCCAACAAGCAUGUAGGCAAAUAUUCAAAUGGUACUC